AUGCCACCACGAUCAAGGUACGCUGUGGAUCCAAGUCUGACAGCCCAAAGUCAGCAUCAAGAUCAAACCCAAGGUCAAGGGUAUGAUCAACAACAAUGGCAACAAUCCACUUCAUCUCAACCCGAUCAUUACCAGCACCAGCACCAGCACCAGCAACAACAGCAGAGCUCACAGCAACAUGGAUAUGGUCAACAUUCACAAGGGUAUGAUCCAAACUAUGUUCCUCAAUUACACCAAGUCUCAGAUAAACCAAAUCCUAUACCAACAGGUGACUACGCACCUGUACCUUCCACUUCCACACAUUCAUAUCAACAUAACCAUCAACAGCAACAGCAACAACCGCAGCAACAACAACAAUAUCAGCAAUAUCAAACACCUCAACCACCACAGAAUCACAUACCACCCCCACCGCAUUCAUCAGGCCCAGCAUUGACCGGACCAAGAGUUAGGAUAGACCCCAGCCAAGUACCUAAUCCUGUUGAAGCUCAAGAACUAGAUCAAAACCUAUAUGACGAUGAAGAUUUUUUGAGCUGUCAAACUAGAGGUCUGGUACCUUUAGUAGGAACCGAUUAUAGGGGUAUAGAUCAAGGAAAUUCACUUCCCAGACAUCUUCGAGCAACACUUCCCGUUAUACCAUCAAAUUCACAAUUACUUGAUACAACAGCAUUACCAUUCGGAUUAAUAGUACAGCCUUUCGCCCCAUUGAGAUACGAUGAGAAUCCAAUUCCAACUGUAUCGAAUUGGGUUUCAGAAGAAGAGGAUGGACCUCCAAGAUGUGAAAAAUGCAGAGGUUACAUAAAUCCUUGGUGUAGAUUCGUUGAUGGUGGUAGGAAGUGGAUGUGUAAUCUGUGUGCUGGAUCUAAUAAUGUCUCACCUACAUACUUUUGUCAUCUUGCACCUACUGGACAAAGGUUAGAUCAUUCCGAAAGACCUGAACUUCAAUUCGGAACAGUUGAUUAUCCUGUUGGGCGUUCAUAUUGGGCAUUACAACCACCACCUACUGGAUCUUUGAUGGACGUAGCUGUUGAUGCUGGUAAUUCAGCAACAGAUGCGAUAUCUUCUACCGCAUCAGAUUUGCUAGGUGGCUUACAAGCAUCAUUAGGUGGACAAAAUGAUGCACUGAAUAGGGGUCCAUCACCGGCACCGAAUUAUAGGGAAAAGGAGAAAGAACGUAAAAAAGAAGCUGCGAAAUAUAGACGACCUAAUGGAAUGGGAAGAGUAUUCAUUAUCGAUAUUUCAGCUCCGAGUGCAGAUAGAGGUAUAGUAAGAGAAGUAUGUGAAGGUAUAAGAAAAUCCUUAUAUGGCAGUGGCACGAUACCGAAAGAUACAAGUAAUCAAGAUUCACAAGAAGCAGAAGAAGAGGAAGAAAUAAUCAUUGGAAAAGGUGAAAGGAUAGCUAUCGUUUCUUGUGCUGAAACCGUUGGAUUUUGGAAUUUAUCAUCAAACCUCUCGGCACCUUCUCAGCUGAUAGUGUCCGAUUUGGAGGAUAUGUUCAUUCCUUUCACAAGUGGUUUCUUAGUGGAUCCAAUAGAAUCCAGAACACAAAUUGAAGCCCUGCUCAAUCUUCUACCAAGUAUGGCGGAAAGAGGGGUUGAGGGUAACAGGGUAGCCGCAGGUUCUGCUGUAAAAGGUGCUUUGGCUGGAUUGCGAAUGCAAGGUGGUCAAAUCAACCUAUUCCUCUCAGGGCUUCUCACACAUGGAGCCGGAUCUUUACUUCCAAGAGAAGAUCCGACCAUCUACAAUACCGACAAAGAAAAGACACUUUUCUCACCUGCUAUAUCGUUCUGGCGUGAAUUAUCAGAAGAAUUAGCUGAAUCUGGAGUUGGUGUGAACAUGUUCAUGUUCCCCGAAGUCUAUUGUGAUGUUGCUUCAGUAGGAAUAAUAUCAUCUACGACAGGAGGGGAAAUAUUCUUCCAUCCUAAAUUCCAACCUGUUCGAGAUCGAAUAUUACUUCAAUCAGAGAUCAAAAAUGUGAUAACGAGAGAAACGGUUUAUAAUGCAACUACAAGAAUUAGAUGUUCAAAUGGGUUAAGAAUAUCAGAUCAUUUAGGAAAUUUCUAUCAACGAUCUUUAACAGAUUUGGAAUUUGGUAAUAUCGAUUCCACAAAAUCAUUCGUCGCUGUACUUAAACACGAAACGAGAUUAGAUGAUAGAAAUCCUGCUUUCAUUCAAGUCGCAACGUUGUAUACUUCUUCUCAAGGUGAAAGAAGAGUGAGAGUACUCAAUAUGAAUUUCAGUGUGACGGGUUUGAUCGGAAAUGUGUUUAAAUUCGCGGAUCAAGAAGCUGGUGUCAGUGUUCUGCUUAAAGGAGCCGUUUCACAGAUGCCAACGCGGAAUUUAAGGGAUAUCAAGAAAGCUUUGACCGAACGAUGUAAUCGAGUUUUGUUGAUGUACAGAAAGCACUGUGCUCCAGCAGUGCAACAAGGACAGCUUAUCUUGCCUGAGGGAUUUAAACUCUUGCCUCUGUAUACACUUUGUAUGCUCAAGUCAAAACCUCUGAAAGGUGGGAACGUCACAUCGGAUGUCAGAGUACAUUACAUGCGCCAAUUCAAAUCCCUUUCAGCAACAAGAACAGUCAACCUGCUGUACCCUAGAUUGUUGGCGAUCCAUGACUUGGCGGAUAACAUUGGAUUCCCAGAUGAAAGAGGGAAAUUGAAAUUACCUACUUUCAUGAGAGCGAGUUAUGGCUGGAUGGUAGCUGAGGGCGCUUAUAUAUUGAGUAACGGCGAAGUGGCGAUGAUUUGGUUUGGCGCAGCUGUGAAUCCACAGAUCAUAGACGAUCUGUAUGGUGUGGAUAAUUUGCAAGAUCUAGACGUGAGAAUGACCCGCCUACCGAAAUUACCAACUUUGCUUUCCACUCAAAUAAGGAAUAUCAUAACUCAUCUAGAAAGAGUGAUCGAUCAUGAAUUACCUGUCAUUAUAGUCCGACAGAAUAUGGAUGGAAUGGAAAUUGAAUUUGCAAAUCAAUUGGUCGAAGAUAGUAAUAAUGAUGCGCUAAGCUAUACGGAUUACCUCAUGAUAGCUCAUAAAUCCAUCACCAAUGAAUUGUCAGGCAACGGCGGUAAAAGUGAUAGCUGGAAACCGUGGUAA